AUGGCACGGCGCAUACGCGUUAUAGAAUGCGAAGGAGUCCGCACCGGUGUUCUUGGUGAUGUUUCCGAUGGAAAAGCAAAGAGGACCGGGAACUACUCACGAAAGAGAAAAGAAGCAGUGAGAAGCGAAGACAAGGAAGUGGGAACGUUAAGGCAAAAGGGGCAGGAGAGCCGGCACCACUGCAGCGUUGAUGAUGGCUGUAAGAAACAUAUACCGAAUAGAUCCGGGCAUGGGAAAGCCGCUGCACGCUUUCUGGCCAAGGACAGGCCGUGGAUAGCGAGUGAUGCUGUGAGUACAGCAACCGACCUGAACAUAUGCGAAUCGCGUCACCUAUCCACGAUGAUGAGCACGGUUGCUGAGCGUGUCGAGUUGGCCGAAGAUCUCGUCGGGAGCUUCAUUCCUCUUGUCCUCAUACGCGAGCCUCGAGCUUGGGAUGGCGUGAGGCGCAGCGAGCUCAUCCAGUACUCCCCCGGCGCCAACGGGCCAUCAACCACACCGGGUAAUAUUCCCUCUGAAGUACUAGCGCCAGUGGCCGCGGACGACGGGUUCCUCACCCCGGGUCUCCUUCGACCCACGAUCCGGGUGAUAGAAUCCGAUACCUUGGACGCCGUGCAAGCUAUCCGCAAGAUGAACCCACAAGCCCGAGUUGCAGCUCUCAACAUGGCGUCGGAUCGGGUGCCUGGCGGACGGCUUCUGCACGGCGGCUUCGCUCAGGAAGAGGCUCUCUGUCUGCGCAGCACGCUCCACGCCUCACUCAGGUGCCAGUUCUAUCGGAUUCCCACACUGGCUGGCAUAUACUCCCCCGAUGUUCUGGUCUUCGGCGGCUCUCUGUUUAUCCAAAUGCCCACGACAGAAUGGUUUUACACGGACGUCAUUUCAGUCGCAGCGCUGUUGCAGCCAGACCUCAUUAUAGACCGGCGCGGGAUCUGGGUCUACGCUUGGCAGAAGGACCUUGAGACCAUGACGGACAAGAUCAGGCUGAUCUUCCAGAUUGCGAAUCAGAAGGGUAUCACGCAUCUGGUUCUCGGGGCGCUGGGAUGUGGUCAGUUUUGCAAUCCGCCGGAGCAGGUUGCGAUGAUCUUCAGGAGGGUGAUAUUGGGUGGAUGUGGGAGUUUCGGGGUCACGGGACUCGAGGAGAUUACUUUUGCGAUCGUCGGAAAUGGGCCUCACGACGAGAACUUGAAGAACUUCGAAAUUGUGUUCGCCGAUGUAAUGGCGCCGGGGCCUGAAGGCAGCUGCGAUAAGGUGGUAGGCUAA